GCUGAAACUGUUGAGGAGCCCAUGGAGGAAGAAGCAGCAGCAAAAGAAGAUAAAGAAGAAUCUGAUGAUGAAGCUGCAGUAGAGAAAGAAAAAGAAGAAAAGAAAUCAGAGACUAAAAAAGUAGAAAAAACUGUCUGGGACUGGGAACUUAUGAAUGAUAUCAAACCAAUAUGGCAGAGACCAUCAAAAGUAGUAAAAAAAAAAAAAAAAAAGUAGAAGAUGAAUACAAAGCUUUUUACAAAUCAUCUUCAAAGGAAAGUGAUGACCCCAUGGCUUAUAUUCACUUUACUGCUGAAGGGGAAGUUACCUUCAAAUCAAUUUUAUUUGUACCCACAUCUGAUCCAUGUGGUCUAUUUGAUGCAUAUGGAUCUAAAAAGAGUGAUUACAUUAAGCUCUAUGUGCUCUGUGUAUUCAUCACAGACGACUUCCAUGAUAUGAUGCCUAAGUACCUUAAUUUUGUCAAGGGUGUGGUGGACUCAGAUGAUCUCCCCUUGAAUGUUUCCCUUGAGACUCUUCAGCAACAUAAACUGCUUAAGGAUAUUAGGAAGAAGCUUGUUUGUAAAACUCUGGACAUGAUCAAGAAGACUGCUGAUGAGAAAUACAAUGAUACUUUUUGGAAAGAAUUUGGUACCAACAUCAAGCUUGGUAUGAUUGAAGACCACUCCAAUCAAACAUGUCUUGCUAAACUUCUUAUGUUCCAGUCUUCUCAUCAACCAACUGACAUUACUACCCUAGACCAGUAUGUGGAAAGAAUGAAGGGAAAACAAGACAAAAUCUACUUCAUGGCUGGAUCCAGCAGAAAAGAGGCUGAAUCUUCUCCAUUUGUUGAACGACUUCUGAAAAAAGGCUAUGAAGUUAUUUACCUCACAGAACCUGUGGGUGAAUACUGCAUUCAGGCCCUUCCCAAAUUUGAUGGGAAGAGGUUCCAGAAUGUUGUCAAGGAAGAAAUGAAGUUUGAUGAAAGUGAGAAAACUAAGGAGAGUCAUGAAGCAGUUGAGAAAGAAUUUGAGCCUCUGCUCAAUUGGAUGAAAGAUAAAGCCCUUAAGGACAAAAUUGAGAAGGCUGUGGUGUCUCAGCACCUGACAGAAUCUCCGUGUACUUUGGUGGCCAGCCAGUACAGACGGUCUGGCAACAUGGAGAGAAUCAUGAAAGCACAAGCGUACCAAACAAGCAAGGGCAGCUCUACAAAUUACUAUGCAAGUCAGAAGAAAACAUUUGAAAUCAAUCCCAGACACCUGCUGAUCAGAGACACACUUCGAUGAAUUAAGGAAGGUGAAGAUGAUAAAAUAGUUUUGGUUCUUGCUGUGGAAGAAGAACCCAAAGAAGAACCUGAAGACACAACAGAAGACACGGAGCAAGAUGAAGAUGAAGAAAUGGAUGUAGGAACAGAUGAAGAACAACAAGAAACAGCAAAGGAAUCUACAACUGAAAAAGAUAAACUGUAA